ACGAUUCCAGUUCAAAGUAGUAUAUAUAUAGAUGAUUCAUUAAAGCAAAGCAAUCUUAGCCAGCCAGGACUUCCACACCCCAUGUAUAUAUAAAUGCAUAUAUCAUCAAUCAUCAUCACCAUCUUUAGUACUAAAACUACAUACUGAGAUGAGUAUACCCACAAAAUCAGAAGCAGCUUUAGAUAUCAUGAAGAAGGAGUACUAUCCAGAGACAUGGACAGGAGGGCUACAUAGAGUUCUAUGUAUGCAAGGAGGAGAUGAUGAUGGUAGUUAUGCUAAGAACUCCGAAGCCCCGGCCUCCGCAAUCACCUUGUGUAAACCAAUGCUUUUAACAGCAAUUCAAUCAAUGAAGCUCUUCUUCAAUAACAACGAAGAAGGGGCUGAUCAUGAUUCCCUAAGAAUAGCUGACUUGGGUUGUGCAACUGGGUACAACACUUUGGCCACAAUUGACAUGGUUGUCGAAAGCUUGAGGCUGCGCUAUGCGAAAGAGUGCAGCCUUGAGCCUGAAUUUGAGGCUUUCUUCUCUGAUCUUCCUUCCAAUGAUUUCAACUCUCUGUUCAAGUCAUUGUCUGCUAAGAAAUCAAGGAAUUACUAUGCUGCCGGUGUUCCUGGAUCGUUCUAUUAUCGCCUUUUCGCGAAACGAAAGCUUCAUAUUGCUGUCAGCUUGAGUGCCUUGCACUGGCUCUCCCAGAUUCCGGAUGCAGUGGUAGACAAGGCGUCGCCAGCGUGGAACAAAGGGCGAGCGUGGAUUGAUGGAGCGAAGGAGGAGGUAGUGGAAGCAUACGCAAAGCAAUCAGAGAAGGACAUGGAAGACUUUUUGAGGUGCAGGAAAGAAGAGAUAUUACAAGGAGGAAUACUGUUUAUGUUGAUGGGAGGAAGGCCUGGAUCGCAGCCGCCGGAGAAUCAGUUGGGUGAUCCAGAUUCAAGAGCUAAGCAUCCUUUCACCAAUUCAAUGGAUCAAGCUUGGCAAGACCUAGUAAAUGAGGGUUUGAUAGAUGAGGAAACUAGAGAUGGGUUCAACAUUCCAGCAUACAUGAGAAGCAUGGAAGAGGUAGAAAAUGCAAUAAGAAAAUGUGGUGGUUUUGAGAUACAAAGAAUGGAGUACAAGACACUCGUGGAGCAUUCGGAGGAUAAACAACAAGAGUGGAUUAAGGAUCCGGUUUCCUACGGUAGAGCCAAAGCCAACCUGGUAAGAGCCACUCUAAGGCCCAUUGUUGAGGCCCACUUAGGCCCAUACCUCUCCGAUCAACUAUUCAAGCGGUUUGAGGAGAGAGUUUCUUCCGAUUUUACCCUCCUCCACAAGACCAUUUUUUAUGGUGUUAUUGUUGUUUGUGCUGUCAGAAUAUGAGACCAGAACCAAGUACAAAAACCUAGAGAGAUAAAAAAAAAAUAGAGUGAAAAUAAACAUUACCCAGUUUGGGGAAUGUUGGGCAUGCCAUGACUGGCUGUCACCUCCAAUAGUUUAAACUCAUACAAAGAAAAUUGCACUUGUUCACUUCU